CUAUUUUCGGUAGUUUUCGGAACGUGACGGUAGAUCAAGUCUCGGUCCACCUUGAAAACCUGUGGGCCCGUUUCUCUUUUGCCCAAGUUCGCACACGCGAGUCUUGGUGUGUAAAUGGUAAAUGUAUUAUAUAUUUAUCGGGGAGAUGCAGAGGAGGAAAAGUUGGCGCAGAAGAAAGACGAGGAGACGUGGAGGAGGAACGAAUUCCGGAUGUAGGUUAGCAGGCUUUCUUUCUCCACUUGACGUCACACACAUCACGUACGAGAGAUGCUCGCUGCGUUUCAAACACACCGUCCCGACCAACACACCGCCGCGGUUUCUUUACGCCAAUUCGCUCAGCUGCACUCCUUUGAUGUCUAAUCAGGCCUGAAACGCGCACAGAAAGCAUAAUGCUGCGAAUAAUUAUUUUAAUUUAAAGGUGAAAAUUAAGAGGAAUAUUUUUUCGUUUAAUCAUUAAAUCUAACAUCAACACCAGUGUAAGGUGCAGCAAAAACAAAUCCAAAUUUUUAAGAUUAUUUCAAGCCAUAGAAAACGGAAAAUUGGAAUCUGGCACUCCAUUAAUGAGCGAGAAUCAAAUUUUUAUCACCUCGGAUUGCUAAGGAUAUCUUAAUUUUAAUCGAGUGCAGCUUUGUAAAUUUUAGCCUUCCAAGUUUAUUCUCGUCCUCUGCCUUAAAAAAAUGUAUCUUUCAAACAAACUGACAGUUCACCAAGAAAUUUAUUGAUCGCGCGCACCUUUUCACCCUCCUUUUGACAGUUUAUGAAAAAGUAGCUAGGGGUUGUCUUUGUUUUCACAUGUUAGGCAGCAUUUUAUUGUUAGGCAGACAUUUAUUGUCAGGCAGCAAUUUACUGUCGGUCUUCAUUUUUUAGGGUGCUUUGUCUGACAAACUAUGGGACAUGUUUGCUGACUUUUGGGUCUCAGGUGUACGUAUGUGUGUUUUCUGAUGCUGGCUGCCGAGGAGAAAAGACUGACGGUGGUGGCCUUGUUUCUUGACCCACUUCCCAGAAGCAAGGCCAUUAUUCCAGUGGUGCGUUUUGUGGGUCAACCAACUGGUGCUGCUGCCAACAACCGACGAGAGCGUCUCUCAUCUCAUCCGCUGCCACCUCGCAACGAGAAGAGAGAAAGAAAGGUGUCUUGUCGCCCUCCCCUCUGCUCCUCGCUGGCUUAUCGAAAACUCUCUAUUUCACUCAAAUUACGCUGCUCGUUCGCCUGCCAUGGCAUAUGGGCCGACUCCUCUCAGCAUGGGAAACUGCAGCUUUUUUAUAAUUUAUACAGGCGAUGGGCUGGAAUAGGUGGAAAUUAGGCUAACGCCUGCUGCGCUGCCGUGCUUUCCUUUUACUUAAUUCGUUAGCACGGAUUUUUUGCUCGCAACGUUGGCUAUAAAUAAUGCAGGUGUGCUAAUGGAAUAAAUUUAAUAAUAAAAACCUGCUUAUGAAAGGAAGUUCAAUUUCACUCUAGUUUAAAAGAAUUUAUUAUUAGGCCUUUUUUCUUUAAUAUUCAGGAACAAAUCGUUAUUUUUAAUAAAUUGAGGCUUAACGUAAAAGACAGCUUGAUUGAUUCGGUCAAUCACGUUGAUAAAUAAAUGUCUCCCCUUUGUAAAGAUCUCAAUGUAAGUUUUGCUCGUCCAUUUUCCUAUUGAGCCCACCACCUCGCUAAAUUUCACUCUCACACAUCGUCUGAGCGGCGAGAGAGUCCUCAAAUUUGGGUCAUCAUCAGUCGCAUCCGCGAUUCGGCUUGGAACGCACUACAAAGCUCUUGUUGGCACGUGAUAACAGAGGCUAUAUCAGAAGCGCAGCUCUUGCUUCUUUAUAUUUGACUUGGCCGCAUUGUGCAUCGAAAUUUCAGGCAUUAUGGAGUUUCCUUACGAGAUCAAAGACGUGGAGCCAGAGCUGAACGCGCAGCUCCUGAAAGUCUUCACGGGGGAGAGGACGGGGUUUUUGCAGGUCGGCCCGAAAAAAUAUUUUUUGCCCUCGAAGUACAGGGAACAGGGACCGGAAAUCUUUAACUUCAAGGUCAGACCGGAUGAUGUGUUCAUUGCAACUUAUCCCAGAUCAGGCACAACCCUCACCCAGGAAAUGUUAUGGCUGCUGGUCAACGACCUCGACUACGAGACCGACUCCCAGAUUCCACUGGUUGCCCGCGCUCAUUUCAUCGAGUUCGGUAUUCUGGUGCACGAUGGUUUGAAGGCAGAGAUUCUUGAACUAGUAAAGGACGAUCCCGAGAGAGUCAAGGACGUGCAUGAAUUCGCAGCUAACAGGGUUCCUGUGUUGGACGCCACACCCUCGCCCCGAGUUAUCAAAACUCACCUGCCCUUCUCUCUACUGCCACCGGACCUGCUUAAAACAGCUAAGACAGUAUACAUAGCGCGCAACCCGAAAGACAUGGCAGUGUCAUUUUAUUACCACAACAGGCUACUCAGAACUCAAGGGUAUGUUGGCGACUUCCCUGCUUAUUGGGAAUACUUCGAAAAAGAUCUCUUGCCAUGGUGUCCAUUUUGGGAGCACAUCAAAGAGGCCUGGGAGCUGAGAAAUGAGGAAAACCUCCUGUUCCUGUUCUUUGAAGACUUGGUCAAGGAUUUGGCAGGCAGUGUCACAAAAAUCUCUGAAUUUCUCGGCAAAAAACUGACGCCGGACCAGUUGGACAGAUUGGUGAGCCAUUUACAAAUUGACAAUUUCCGCAAGAAUCCCUCCACAAAUCUGGAUGCCGAAAAUAUGCCAGGCACAAGAGUCACUGGUGAACAGGAUUUCAUUCGCAAAGGAAAAAAUGGCAGCUGGAAAGAAGAACUUUUCACUCCAGAGCUGAUUGAGCGGGCAGACAAGUGGAUUGCAGAGAAAAUAGCAGAGAUACCUGGAUUCGCUUUCCCCGAGUGAUUUUGAUUGCUUUGAAAGCACGCUAAUUUUGUUGGUUUUUAAGUUUUUCUUUUAAUGAGUAUGUGCAAUAUUUCUUACUCAAAUACAUCCACUUUAGUCCUUAA